AAACAGAAAAAUUACAGGAACACGGAGACAAACAGACAGACAGACAGACGGCCACUCCCCCUCCCAACAUUACGAGCUGCCAGUUACAAUGCCAGAAUUAUUUAUCAGUCACCUUUACUAAUGCACCGCUGGUCAUUCCUAUCAGUUAAAGCACGAGCACCACACCUCUCCAUUAGAUAAGAAUCAGAACCAAUUGGCAAACCUGUCAGACAGAAAUGUCAUAUGUUUGCAGCCCCUCUCAUAAACAUGUCCAUUAAUGCAUCACCUGGCACCCUAAGCUGGUAAAGGCUAGGAGGCAACGCUCAAGGCCACAGCUGAGAAAAUAAAAACACCUACUACCCAAGCUUGCAGUGGUAAAGGUAUAAUAUUAACAAACUGACCGCCCCGAAUUCUCAAAUUCGGCCUCCUCACGACUCGAUCUCGGCCCUAUCUCAAGUCCUCCUCGGCGCCUCCAGAAGUCCGUAAACAUGGCAGCAACGUCUUCGCCAGGCAAGAGGCUCCUCCGUUCUAAGUCUGGGCUGAGAAUUGUACCUAUGAGUGAGUGUGACAGGAGUCCCUUUGAGCUGAAGGAGCCUGAAUGGAUACCAGACAAGCAGAGCCCAACAUGUAUGGACUGCAAGGAGAAAUUCGACUUCCUGAAGAGACGGCACCACUGCCGGAGGUGUGGUCGAGUGUGCUGUGCAGCGUGCUGUGACACUCGCAUGGAGCUGCCCAGAAUGUGCUUUCUGGACCCUGUGAGGCUGUGCUCCUCCUGCGCCAACACCACACUGAGGGAGAAGGUCUUCUUCAGCCAGGAUCUCAAGAACUUGGUCACAGGAGCAAUCUUGUGUCUGGGCAGCGACACCACCAGCCUGGCCCACUGCCGCUUGUCCCCAGACCACCGCUUCUUGGUGCUGUCUGGAGAUCCCAGCUCAGCCGAUGCCCCCACCUGCAUUCCCCUGCACAGACUGACCAGCCUUCAGGUGGAGAGGAGAAACCAGGACACAGCUGGGCACUGUCUGGUGUCUGGCCUGGUGGUGCAGUACUGCCUGGCGGGAGAGGAGGUACAGGACAUCACCCUUGAGGCCCCAUCAGAUGCCACCACCACUGCCUAUGCCUUCCUCGCCGCUCUGGAGAAAGCUGUCUUCAUGAUGCAAGAGUCCAGGGAUGUGAUUGGCACAGGGGAGUAGCAGUGGCUUGACCCUGAGGCCUUGUGUGCGUAUGUGUGUGUGUAUGUGAGGUGAGGGCAGGUUGAGUGUGGCCUGACAGAUUUUUGUGCUUAUUCAAGUGUUUGAGGUGAAGUUAUGGGGGUCAUACAUGCAUAGAAGGGCAAUUUUUCAGGUUUAUUUGAGUAUGUUAGGUAAGGUUUAUUUGAGUUAGAAGUGAAGUUUUGGUGGUUAUAUGAGCGUGGAAGGGCAGUUUUUCGGGUUCAUUUGAGUGUGUUAGGUUAGGUGAGGUUUAUUUGAGUGUGGAAGGGGAGUUUAAGGGUUUAUUUGACUGUGGGAGAUUAGAUUUCAAGGUUUCUUGAGUGUAAGAUGAGGUUUUUGGGGUUAUUUGAGUUUGAAGUCAGAUUAUCAGGUCAAGUGUGUGAUGCCAUAUUUUUUGUGACUUUACUGUGGGUCAGAUUAGGUCAUUCAAGUGUCAGAUCAGAUUGAGGUCAUUUGAAUGUAAAAAAUCAGAUUUCUGGGAUUAUUUAAGUGUGUUAGAUCAGGAUUUAGGAUUAUUUGAGUCUGAGGUCAGGUUUUAUGGCUUGUAUGAGGGUGUUAGGUCAAAAUUUGGGAUUAUUCAAGUGUGUGAGAUCAGGUUAAGUCAUGUAAAUUUAGGAGGUGAGAUUGAGGUCAUGUGAGUGUGGUAGGGCAGAAUUUGGGGAUCAGUGAAGUGUGUGAGGUCAGAUUUUGGGGGGUUAUGUGAGUGUAUGAAGUCAGAUUAGGUCAUUUGAAGUCAAGAUUUAAGCUUUUAGCCCUCCAGAACACAUUCCACUUGUAAUGUUUGUCCAGAAUUUAUGUUUAGUGAGUCUUGUUUGUUUGUAUGAAUUACUUGUGCCAUUUGGUUACAUAGGUCUUGAUUAUUUUUGUCAUUAUUAUUGUUUUGUGAUAUUGUGUUUGAAGUGCCACAUUUGAUAUUCAGGAAAAUUUGCCCUAAAAAAAAAUGUUAUUAGAAAAUGUUUGUGUGUGUUUGUGUGUGUGUUAAGGAUCAUGCUGACUGCUCUAUCCUGGGAGUAUAUUUCUAACAAAGUUUAUAUCAUUAUUCAGGAAGAUGCCAAGAUGUUUAUGUGUGUUAUCAAUUUAAUGGUUCAUUCUAACUUUUUUUUUCUCUCAUAUUUUUGAGGUAUUUAAUAUUAUUCAGGAAAAUGGGUUUCCAAAAUAUAUUACUGUAGGGUUGCCAUACGUCCGGAUUUUCCUGGACAUAUCCGGAAAUCAGAUAACGAAAUCUGCGUCCGGGGGGAUUUUUGAAAAUCCCUCAAAUAUCCGGAAUUUCACCUUCCAUCAUUACUAACUGUUAAAAAAUCACAUUUAUUAAAUUUCCUUGGGUUGAAAUGAUGGGAGAGAGAGAGAGAGAGAGAGAGGGGUUCACCGAGUGGCAGCUGCUUUGGUUUGGUUUCGGUCAAGACUCUGACAUGUCCUGUAUGAAGUCAGUGCUCGCAGCCUUCCCAACGCUGCCUCACUUGACGUUGCGCUCACACCCCAGUCUUUCACCAGCUCUGAUAGGGGUCAGUUUGGAUUACUGUUUGCAGCCUUGUGACCUCGUCAUUACAACUAUUACCUGUUCUUGUCAAGAUGCCCAAACAAAGGUGUAAAUUCACUGCAGAGAUGCAAAACAAACUCCCGUGCUUCAAAAAAGGCAGGGAUGAGUGGGAAGCCGAGUGUUUGGUGUGUAAACCAGGAACAUUUGUCUCACUGGCACAUAAAGGCAUUAAUGACUUACAGUCACAUGUGAGCUCUGAGAAACAUGUGACUGAGAGCAGUGCAAGAAGAGGGUUCAUCAAUGAAGAUGACACAUUAUUUUAUUAUCAGCCAUAUGCAAAGGUAAAUAAGUUGAGUUUCUUUUAAUUAAUUUACAUGUUUUCCAGUAUCAUAUCAGGACCAUAAUCAGGUGUUAGUGAAGGUGUCCGGAAUUUUGAUAGUUCAUAUAUGGCAACCCUAUAUUACUGGGAAAUGUUUAUGUGUGUGUGUGUGUGUGUAUGAUUAUCUGAAAAGCUCAUUGUGAAUUCUUAGCUUUAGAAUAUUCUUGUAGGAUAUUUUUGACUCAUAUAAUCUUACUCAGAAAAGCGUUGCCAAAUAUGCCACUAGGAAAUGUAUGUGUUUGAGUUAUUUAAUAGCUCAUGAUUAAUUCUCUCUUUUUUUUCUUCCUCUUUUUUUCAUAUUUUUUGGCAUAUUUGGUAUCAUUAAGAAAAGUCUUGCCAAAUAUGUCACUAUGUAGGAUAUGUAUAAGUUCACUUUUAUCUAACAGCUCAUGAUUAAUUCCUCUUCAUAGAUAUUUUUGUUUAAUUAACUCAUAUUAGAUAUAUUUAAUAUCCAUAAAAGUGUCUUACUGGGAACGUGACUUAAGAAAGUGUGUUUGCUUGAUUUAUGUAAAGACGCGACAGAAACUCAGAAUUCCUUGAUAUUUUGAGUUUGCAAGGAAGCGUUUGUUGUAUAUAAUAUUACUAGGUUAAAGACAAGGGGAGAUUCUUGGAUAUAUUCAGUUAUCAAGACAAGGAAGAUUUUUUUUUUUCUUUAUAUAUAUAGUAUUAGUUGUAAACACGAGAGAUUUAUAUAGCCAAGUCAGUUACCGACACACUGCCAGCACACACACACACUUACACACACACACAAAGCUUGCUAAUAAAAUGUAUGUUUGUGAAUCAGUUAACAACACACACACACACACACACACACACACACACACUGAGUAAAAAAACACAUUUAUAGCACAUCUUUGUAGCUUUGCAAUGUAUCAAACUUUAUACAGAUAUCAGAUAUUCUUUGAGAUUUUAUAGAAGAGUUACAUCAGUUUAUAUAUUGACGCUAUGUGAUACUGAUGCUUGUUUGGGACAGCCAGCAUUAGAGGACAUACAACAGAGGAGUGUAGAGUGUUGUACAGUGGAAGCAAGAGCAAUGGAGGUUAUAUGACUUCAAAGCUCUUUAAUAUACAAUCUGCCCAUGGUUUUGAAGUCCUGCCGUCAUUAAAGGACUUAGGACAGAAGAAUAUAUUGUGUUUUACAAGGAUUUAUAAGACCUCAAAUAUAAUAACAUUCUGUCCCUGGUUCUGUGAGACUGUCAGAAUUAGAGAACUUGGGACAGAAGAGGCGAGUGUCUUACUUGAAAACACAGCUUCAGAGAUUACGCAUUUGGCAGAUUUAGUGUUAGUGGAAAUGAGAGCAAUGCAGGAGAUUAUUAGACUUAAAACCCUAAUUGUUUGGUUGCUGGCUCUGAGUGAUGUAAACACUAACCAUUCAUUACACUACUUAUGCAAUGCUGGUUCAUCCUCCACACAGUCAGGCAGGAAGGGUUGAGGUGUCCUACAUUUGGCAUUGUGUUAGAAGGCAAUGGAUUUUGUUACUAGAGGGAGUGGUGUGUGUGUGUGUGUGUGCCUCAUAUUGAUCUAGCUGUGCCUAACAUAUGGGAAAAGAGUGUGUGUGCAUCUAUAUACAUCAACUUAAAGAUAGAAUUGUUAGUUUGUUAUUGAAAAUGGGUGGUUGCAAGCUAGAAUGAAUCCUGUAAAUGAUAGUUUGGUAUUGAAAAGGAUAUUACAAGUUUGAAAUAGCCCCAUUUAUGAUAAUUUAAUAUGAAAAACAGGAGAUUACAAGCUUAAGUUAAUCCCAUAAAAACAAAUAUCAAUAAAUACUGAUAAACAAUAAAAAGAAAGCUUUCAUCAAAUAGGAAAUAACAAGCUUGAACAGACCUCAUCAAAAACACACAGCUUAAUUUACCUAUAUACACCAGGCCCAGACAAGGCACCGCACACACACAAACACAUGCACAAACACACAAUCACACAAAAUAAACACUAAUAGACUAACUAAAAGAGAGAGAGAGAGAGAGAGAGAUCCACUAUUUAAACCAACCAUUAUGAUUGAUUGCCUUUCAUGCAGGACACCUCAAUAUAGAUUUGCAAAUGACAUGCAUAAGGAAGGCAGUAUUUAGCAUCUGGUCUGUGUGUACCUGGCUGGUGCGUCAAGACUCGAAGAGACAAGGAGUGCAAAUGUUAACCAGGAUGCAUGAAACUUAUAGUACAAUACUGCAAAUAGCCAAAAAAAAAAAAAAAAAAAAAAGUUAAAAGGUCUAUAUAUUUCUUAUCAUAUGAAAGACGAGUGAGGAGAGAGAGAGAGAGAGAGAGAGAGAGAGAGACAAGUAUGUAGUGUUAAGUGAUGAUAUUGUAGGGUAAAUGUAAGUGUUUUGCUUUAAUGUAUUAAGGAAUGUAUAUAUAUAUUACUGUAUGAAAGCUGAAGAAAUUAGGAAAGAGAGAGAGAGAGAGAGAGAAUAUUAAGUAAGAAUAUCAUAGACUCAAUAUAAACAAUUUUGUGUGUUUUGCCUUCUGUUACAAUAAGGAAGGUCAAUAUAUUUCUCACUUUAUGAAAACUGAAUGAGAAAUGCAUGAGGAGUGAGAGAAAAAGUAUAUAGCAUGAAGUAAGAAUAUUAUAGACUCAGUGGAAGCAUAUUUUGUGUUUUGCUUUGAGUUACACUAAAGGCAGUCUAUAUAUUUAUCACUGAAUGGCUGGGGAGCGAGAGGAGACCUUUGUAAUAAAUCAGUGCAUCAUAGACUUAGUUUCAGUAUUUGCUUCCCAUUGUAUCACACUUAGAGGAUGCUGGGAUAGGUACUGAGAGACAGACGAGUGGAAUAACAGUACAAAUGAAGCAGGGAUGAGGAGACAGAAGCAAAAGAUUGUACCAUUUGUUUAAGAUGAGCCAUAUUGACUUUGUAUAUAUUAUUGCAUCCAACUAUUCUUAACGCUUUUGUCUCUUGCUAGAACUGUUUUCAAAGACCACAGAAAUGAGUAGCCAGUUUCAUAAGGGUGUUUUUCCUAUUAAGUUUGCAGAUUAUUUGUUAAACUAUCACUGUAAUCACAAAAACACCCUUGAAAAUGGCAGUAACAUUCACUAGAGCCUGUUUGAAGCUGAGAUGAGACGCAGGAAUAUUUAGUAGUAAGGACUUGGUGGAAAUUGGGUAUUGGGAAUACUCAAAGGUUAUGUAUACGAGAGAGAGAGAGAGAGAGAGAGAGAGAGAGAGAGAGAGAGAGAGAGAGAGAGAGAGAGAGAGAGAGAGA